GUAAUUGGGAUACGUAUUAUGACUACGCAAAUUACUGUAUUUGAACCUUACGCGUCUCUUGUGCGUCUCGCAUACAGCAUUGAUUUAUGAAACGCAAAGUGAUAGGAGCUGUAAAGGGUCACAAAUAUCCUUGUCAAGAGAGCUACAAUUUUUUAGCAUUCUUCAAAGAACGCUACAUGCACGGAGUAUUUCAAUGUCAUAUCAUAUAAACGUGCUGUACUUCGAUUCAAUACUCUCACAAAUUUAAAGAAACCGAAAAAGUAUUGAUUUCAGUAUCGCUCAGUAAGGAAUCGAUGAGAGUGUACCCUGUGAAUGUUCAUUGUUGUUCCGUUCUAGAAAGCAAGAUGGCGUUACAUAAGCAUACUGUAGAGGAAACCAUCGAAUUUAUUGUAUGUAUGUGGAGCUCCUAUAGCACCAAUUGAGUCUAUACUAGAGGUGAACCUUGGCAACUACAUUUAAUAUCGGCUCGUCAGUUCAAAGCCUCAGUAUUCCUGAAUCUAUGACGGAAAUUUGUACAAGUCGUCUGCUAGAAAGUUUAUAAGGCCUGGAAAGAAUCGUCUGCAAAGAUGCCGAACAUAGUAAACGACAUAAAGUUGGAUUUUAAGGAUGUGAUGCUACGACCAAAGAGGAGUACCUUACGAAGUAGAGCAGACGUCGACCUAUUCAGAGAAAUAACGUUUAGAAACUCGAAGCAAACGUAUAAAGGAAUUCCUGUAAUGGCUUCAAAUAUGGAUACUGUUGGUACAUUUGAGAUGGCAAAAAGUUUAUCGAAGCACGGACUUUUCACAGCAAUUCACAAAUAUUACACCGCAAAUGAAUGGAAAGAGUUUGCUGGUAAUAAUCCAGAAUGCUUGAAAAAUAUCGCAGCCAGCUCGGGUAUAGGAACUGGAGAUUUCGACCGACUUUCGGACAUUCUCGCUGCUGUUCCAGAAAUUAAAUUCAUUUGCUUAGAUGUCGCAAAUGGAUAUACUGAAUACUUUGUUAAAUAUGUCCGUGAAGUACGGGCAGCAUUUCCAAAUCAUACGAUAAUUGCUGGAAAUGUGGUGACGGGUGAAAUGGUAGAAGAAUUAAUACUUUCUGGAGCAGACAUAAUUAAAGUUGGAAUUGGUCCAGGCUCUGUGUGCACAACUAGAAUGAAAACUGGGGUUGGUUAUCCUCAGCUAAGUGCUGUAAUCGAAUGUGCCGAUGCUGCGCAUGGAUUAAAAGGGCAUAUCAUAUCUGAUGGCGGAUGCACGUGUCCUGGUGAUUUGGCUAAAGCUUUCGGUGCUGGUGCGGAUUUUGUUAUGGCCGGUGGUAUGUUCGCUGGGCAUGACGAGUGUGGAGGAGACACGAUAGAAAAAGAUGGAAAAAAAUUUAAGCUCUUUUACGGAAUGUCUUCCAAUACGGCAAUGGAAAAGCAUGCAGGAGGGGUCGCUGAAUACAGAUCUUCUGAAGGAAAAACGGUUGAAGUACCAUACAAAGGAUUCGUUGAAAACACAGUAUUAGAUAUAUUAGGCGGAUUACGUUCAGCUUGUACAUACACUGGAGCAUCUCGAUUGCGAGAAUUGCCUCGACGAGCUACGUUUAUUCGUUGUACGCAACAAUGGAAUCCAGUUUAUGGAUUAUCCGGAAUCUAAGUUCUUUGUACUUUUUCUGUAUUUUAAAUCAAUAUUCGUAGUACCGAAAUUAGCAUACUGGAAUUUCAAGUUAUUUGCUGGCAAAUAAUAUAUAAAUGACAAACGCACACACGGAUAAGUGAUAUACGUUAUAAAAAUCCGGUCGCUCGCAAUUAAAAUUGCAAUAGUUGCUUGUCGUUGAAUGAAAACUACGUUUGGGCUAGUAUUGGAGUAUUAUAAACAAAUAAAUAAGCUACUAAUGAUGCUAUCUUUUUCUGUCAAAUAUUUAUUUAACUCAGAGUUUACGCAAUGCUUCACGGUACUAGUUCAACGCAUAUUUGUCAACGCCUGUAACAUUAGUAAAUUCAAUAGACAUAGAUAUCAUUUCAUGCCUACGCUACUUUAUAAUGGAACAUUUUCUAUGACUUAUUAAUGCAAACAAAUAAUAUGAUAGUGUUGUUCAUUGACUAGUUUCAAUUCAUGAAAUGUGUCGAUACGCUUGAUUUCACAAUUGGUAUACAGUUAUUGCUUAUGUCAAUUUAUUCCUUUCACUGGAAAGUUACACAGUGAACAAAGUAUACAUUUAUAGUUUUUAAUGUUAUCAAAAACAACGUGUUGUAUAAAAAUUAUUUUCGCAAAAAAAUCUAUAGUUAAAUAGAAUUUUUAAUAGUUUGUUGUAACGAGUUGCUAUGAUAUUGAGAUUACAGGUAAUUUAACACUGAAUUAAUAACCAUCUUAGAUUUCAUAUUAAACGGAAGUUCAAGUUCUGGUUAACGUAUAUAUAGUGUUGUGAUAAGCAGGACUAGAAACGCAGAUUUAAAAUAUAAAAUUUUCUAUAACGGAAGUAUUGUACUAAAAUGGUUUUCAUUGAUUUUAAUAACGGGACGUUAUACGGUUGUUUUAUUUGAAGCGCCCGUACGAUUAGCAUAAAUGAACAAUUAUGUUAUUAUUAUGAUUAUUCACGAUUUUGUAGUGAAAAAAUUCUAAAAAAAAAAGAUAAUUUAUUCUGUUGAUAUAAAUAAAUCAAAAUAAUCAAAGACAGUCGUUGACACAUACCUACUAUGACAAUAGAUAUUCAUACAAAAACAAUGAUCUUAAUGUUUAUGGAAGAAAUAGCUGGCGAUGAAUAAAGUAAAAAUAAAAACUGAAAAAGGCCCAAUGAGUUUCUGAAAGUAA